AUGGAGCAGACGUUGGCUCCUGGCCAGCCUCAUCAGGUGGCCCCCGAGCCCCCAUUCUUGAAAACAAACAGUAAUGAAAUGAACGGGAUCCAGAACUCCGCCGUCGAUAUCAAUGAGCUCCAGCUGGUGGUGCCAAGUCGGGAGAACGAAAACAACAACCACUCUGUCAGCCGGGAGCAGGCGGUCGCUUCCUGCGGAGGCAGCACAGAACGGUCUCCUCAGGACACUGACCCAGAUGUGCCCUCCUCCACAUCUGCAGUGACCACUGAGACCGGGAGCGAUGAAGUGUUUAUUAUUUCUGCUGGACCUGGGGCCAGUGGGCUGAGCUUUACCACCUACAGAAUACAGGACAAAAAUCUAAAAAGAAGUGUCACAAGCCCAGCCUCGGUGUCUGACUGGCUGACUUCUAACCACACAGCUGCAGGAGCAGAUGCUGUUGAGAAGGGGAACGUCCAGCUGGAAAAUCACUAUCCCAGACAACGCACAUGGAGCGCCCGCACGUUCCACGACUUCCUGGCUCCAAUACCACAGCUACAGAAAAAAUGGUGUAGCUGGACCACCAACAGCCCCUUCACAAAGCUGGUUGACAACAGUGGUUUUCCUACAGCUGCAAGAUCCCAAGGUGUCCCAGCCAGAAAGGUAAUCUCAGCCACUGAGAUAGAGGGAGCAUCAGAGACCGUUUACUCUGACUCAUCUGCCAGCAAUGCCUCCUACCCCCUCACUCUGUCCGCACAAAGGCAGCGGAAGCUAAGCUCCUGCAAUUUGAAGAAAUCCAGGUUUGGGAACCCUUAUUUUGGAUUUUUAGCCAGUUCCCCUGAUAGUAAACAUGUGAAGUCCCUGGAUCCCUCAAGACAUCUAGGGGCAGCAUCUCCAGUUAACAGCCAAAGCCCCAAAAAUCCUCUAGAGAGCUCCAACCCACUGAAAAUCAACUUGGUCAAUGGUUCGAAAACAAAGGAGCUUAUGGUAGAAACAGAUAAAAACAAACCAGUGUUUGUUAUUUCUGAAGAAGGAGAUGAUCAGCAGCCUCUGGUCCUAGCAGAGCAUCUUAGUCAAUGUGGAGAUCAUCUGUCAGAGCAAAAUGCCGUGUAUGCUCCAGCUGUGCCAGAUAAACAGCCGGUGGUUCUGACUGCUGAGGGGAACAGUUCUGCCAGCUUCACAUCAAAUCUGCCCCUUUGGGCAAAAUCCCCUGGUUUAUACAAAGGUCACGUGAAGGCCCCCAGCUCUUCCAGGGACCAGCAGAGCUCAUCCGUUGUAGAUGCUAAUGCUACUGAGAUCUCACAGAACUGUGGUACCCUCGCUGCUCCUACGCUAUGCCAAGCUUCAGUCCAGUGA